AUGUCCCCGCGCGAUGUCCUCCUUCACGGCGGCGCCGCGCUAGUGAGGCACCACGCCGUCGCGUCCGUCGUCCUGUGCGCGCUCGCCCUCCUCGCGACGCUCGCGUUCCCGCUCCUCGCGAGAAAGUUUUUCGUGGACGAGAACGCGUUCAUCUUGGGCGCGGCGUCGACGUCGUUCGACGCGGUGGACGCCAAGGCGGCGGCGUCGCACGCGGCGAACGCGAGGGAGGCGAUACGCGUCGGGGUAUCGAGCGGCGUGGACGCCACGGACGCGCUCCGGGGGUGGGUCUCGGAGGAACUCGAGAAGAUCCGUCUCGACGUGUUCGCGCACGAAUUCGCGCGGACGCCUCCUCGCGGAUCGCGCGCCAACGCGACCGUCGGACGCAAUCUCCACGGCAUCGCGCGCGCGAGAAAGGGCAACGGCCGCGAGGGCAUCGUCCUCGUCACCCCCAUCGGAGACCCGCGCUCGGACGGCCCGGACGCGGACGCGGACGCGCUCGCGCUGCUCCUCGCGCUGACGACGAAGCUCAGAGACGCCCCGUGGCUCGCGAAGGACCUGUGCUGGCUCGUCCCGGACGCGCGCGUCGCCGGGCCGGUCCCCGCGACGGACGCGUGGCUCCGCGAGUACCACCACCCCUCCGGAAGUGCCGGAGAGAGAUUCGGGAGAGUCGGCGCGAUACAGCAAGCGUACGCCGUGGAGCUGCCGCGCGGCGCGUCCUUCGACCGACUCCGCGUCUCGAUGGAGGGAAGGAACGGCGCGCUGCCGAACAUGGACCUGGUGAGCGUCGCGAUCGCGCUCGGCCGAGGGCUGGUCACGACGAGAGGCGACGCGACGCGCGUUAAGCGGCCGGAGCUGGAAGGCGGCUGGGCGCGCGUCGAAAGCGCGGCGAGACCGCUCGUCGGGAGGCGCGCGGCGGCGGGAUACGUCGGGGACGCGCGGUCCGUCGUCGCGUUCAUGCGUCGGCUCGCGAGCGGGACGCCCACGGGCGCGCACGCGUCGUUCAAGUCGUUCGCGAUGGACGCGAUCACGCUCCGCGGGUUCAUCGAGGGACGAGACGAUGGGGGGAGAAGAAGGGGGCGCGUGUCGUACGACGGCGCGAGGGCGUUUCACGCGUUUGGGAUUCUUCUCGAGUCGCUCACGCGGAGCAGUAACAACCUCCUCGAGCUGUUGCAUCACUCGAUGUUUUACUACGUCAUCGUGGACGACUUUCGGUUUUUGUCCAUCGCGGAGUACGUCGCGCCGUCGGCGAUGAUGUUGUUCGCGAUGGUCCUGACCGCGGGCGCGAUCGCCGGGCGCGGGUGGAACCCGACGAGCCGACCGCCGAGGACGGAGCAGGAGGAGGAGGAGGAGGAGGAGCCGCCCCCCGCGCCGCCGUCGCACGACUGGUCGUCCGCGUUCGCGGUAGCGUUCGCGGCGCACCUCUCCGGAUGCCUCGCGGGCGCGACGUGCGUAUUCGCCCACGACGCCGGGCUAGGUCUCGGGGUCGUCGCCGCGGCGACGUGGGUCGUCGCGUACGGCGGCGCGGCGGUCGCUCAUCUCGCGGCUUCGAAUUUUGGAUUCUUCGACGCCCCCCGGGGUCCCGGGGUCGAGCCCGCGUGGAGCUCGCUGUGGGUCGUCACCCUGAGCGUGACGUCCACCGCGCUCGGCGCGCUGACGUUCUUUAACUUCGCGCUCGCGCUGCCGGUCACCGCGGUGCUCGCGCCGCUGUGUCUCGCCGCGGGGAGAGGGCCGGGGUCGAGCGGACGCGCGGCGGCGACGGCGCUGGCGCCGCUGGCGUUCGCGCUUCCGUUCGACGGUGGCGCGACGAGCCUCGGCGCGCUCGCGUCGCACCACCGGAGCUGGACCGGCGGGACGUUCGCGCUGCCGCUGAUGUUUGGCGUGGUGUGGCCUGCGGUGAUGCAGUGCGCGUUGAUCGCCGCGGCGAGGAGGCCGACGCGCGCGCGACGACGCGUCGACCGAGGGAAGAAAACUCGGUGA